AUGCCCCCCAAACGUGAGCGUACGGUUCAAGGCUCGUGUUGGCCCUGCAAACAACGCCGGGUGAAAUGCGAUCUUGGGAAGCCUUUAUGCCAGAAAUGUGUUUCAUCUGGGGCAAAAUGCUGUUAUGACAAGCUUCUGAUCAGGUGGAAAAAGACACCACCAACGACACAGAGCUUGACCAUGUGUCAGUCCCCAUUUAUGAGCCUCAAUAUACACUUAAAAGACAAUACCUUGGCCGUUGGAGAUCUAAAGGCCCUCGAAUACUUUCAGUUCGCUGUAUGGCCUCUUUUCACCACUGCGGCCCAUCCUUGCCCACCACCGAUACCUCUAGCCAUGGAAUGUCAACCGGUACUUCUGACUGUGUGUGAACUGGCCGAGGCGCAUCGUACACUGCGCGACGAGACUGGGAGUAGCACGGUGAACGCACCGUUUGAUAAAAGAAUGAGCUGUCUGGCUUCAGUCAGGGAGCAGCUUCGAAAUAAUUCCAAUCAUACCUCACUUUCCCCUCUGUUGGUCGCAGUCUUUCUGCUCUAUUUUCUAGAUGGCUUUAUUGAAUGUGAUCAUCAAUCUGCGUCGACGGCGAGUCACCACGUGGGCGUCCAAGCAAUCGUUGACCAUCUUGGAGGAUUCUCAGCUCUUAUCAAAAUAGGCCAAAAGGACAUCACUAUGCUACUAUCAGAAUUCGCAUCCACAGACCUGACAAAGGCUCUGUUGGACGACCGGGCUCCUUGCUUUCCCGCUGAAAUCUGGACACAGAUAGAGCACGGGACAGUAUGGUGGGACCAAGAAACAUACGACGGGACGACACUGGCGUCAGUGUUUAGAAUAAUGGCAGAAAUGUCUUUAUAUCGCCAACAAAUCAGAGGAGACCCGGAGACACUUUCUAUGGAAAUGGUGCGAGAUUUUGAGCGGUGUCUACAGCCAUCAUAUCAGAUUCUCAACUGCGACCAUCUCAAAAGCCCAAACACCUACACUGUGCAUGAAUCGACGCUUGAAUCAAGGAUGCAGGCCGAUUCCUUCACGCGUACUUUCCAACAUAGUGCCCUCGUCUAUCUCUACCGAGCAAUCUGUGGUCUUCCACCGAGACAUUAUUUGGUACAACAGCAUGUCCAGUCAUGUGUGGAGUGCAUCAGAAAUAUAUCGCCUGUUUCUAAGGCUCAUAACUGUAUAAUAUUUCCAUUGUACAUCAUGGGCGCUCACACGUUCCUACAAGAUCAGCAGGCCUUUGUCUUGGAUAGACUUGAUUCUAUAUACAAAUAUCUGCGCUUCAACUGCGUGCUGUUAGUUCGCGCAGCGUUGAAGGAUUUAUGGAAGUCACCGCGGCAUGAUGGUGAUUGGUGGGGGAUGUUUAGAUCUCUAGGCGAACAUGUUCUUGUGAUCUAA